AUGGCCGAGCUGGCACGCCGCCACGGCGCCCCCGACGUCAUGCGCCUCCAGCUCGGUGGGCUGUCCAACGUCAUCAUCUCCUCCCCUGAAGCCGCCAAACAGGUGAUGCAAACCCACGACCUGACCUUCGCGUCCAGGCCUUUCCUCCUGGCGCCGGAUCCGCAAGGUCUGCACCCUGUAGCUGCUCAGCGCCAGGCGGGUCCGGGGCUGAAUCAGGCGUUGCUGACGGUUGCCGAGAACAUUUCGGACAUUCAGGCGGGUUUCAGAGUGUCGGACUUGUACCCUUCCCUUACCUUUCUUCCGGUUCUGUCUGGGUUCGAAGCGAAACUCGAAAGGAUGCAUCAAGGAGCGUGUUCUGUUCUCGACGCCAUUAUCGAUGAGAGGCAAUCGCGAAGAUCAUCCAUGUCGAAUAGCGAAAACGAUGAAGAAGAAGAAGAAGAAGAAUACCUUGUUGACGUUCUUUUGAGGCUGCAAGAACACCCCAAUGAGCUUGGGUUCCCUAUAACCACGGAAAUGAUAAAAGCAGUCACUUUGGAACUAUUCGUUGCUGGGAUCGACACUUCGUCCAAACUAAUCGAAUGGACGAUGUCAGAGAUGAUAAAACAGCCGAGGGUGAUGCAGAAGGCGCAAGAAGAGGUCAGACGAGUCUUCGACGGGAAGGGCAACGUCGACGAAGCGAGCCUCCACCAGUUGAAGUACCUGGACUGUGUCAUAAAAGAGAGUCUGAGAUUGCACCCUCCGGCUCCUUUCCUCGUUCCACGAGAGAGCAGGGAGAGGGCACAACUCUGUGGGUACGAGAUCCCCACAAAGACCAUAGUCAUCGUGAACGUAUGGGCAAUCUGUCGAGAUCCUCUCUACUGGCUCGAACCGGAGAAGUUUUUCCCCGAGAGAUUUGUCGAUAGCUCCACCGACUACAAGGGGAGCGAUUUCCAGUUAUCCCGUUCGGUGCUGGAAGGAGGAUGUGUCCCGGACACGGUUUCGCGACCGAGGUCGUGA